CUCGCGAUCUUGGAAGCUCUGGGAGCUUUCCAGAACGGUCCGGAGCUACGGGAGCUUGACACCACUACUAUAUAAUCUUCCCCGGAUGAUGCGUGUUUCAUAUCCUAGCUACCUAUAAUCCCAUUGCAAUACUGUCUCAGAGAUUGCGAUCACAGAAGCGAACUACGACCAUGGCUUCGAGAUUACAGCUUGGUCGGGGCCGUCUCAUCCGGCCAUCGACUGUAGCGUCACCGAGUCGACUAUCUAUCACGCAGAGACCUCGUUUCCCAGCGGCCCUUGCGUCUCGACUUCUUCCGUACCAAAGAACAGUUCUUCCGUCGGUAUCGUCUGUCCGCCACUAUGCAAAUGGCAGACCGCAUCCUCCAGGAGGUACCCAUCGGAUGAAUAUGUCCGGAGAGCAGGAGAAACCGGCGUUGGAACAAUAUGGUGUGGACCUUACAGCGAAGGCUAAAGCGGGCAAACUCGAUCCCGUCAUUGGAAGAGACGCAGAGAUUCAUCGAACAAUUCAAGUCCUGUCGCGACGAACGAAGAAUAAUCCCGUCUUGAUCGGUGCUGCCGGUACCGGUAAAACGGCUAUCCUGGAAGGAUUGGCGCAGCGAAUCGUACAAGGGGAUGUCCCCGAGAGUAUCAAGAACAAGCGUGUUGUCGCAUUAGACUUGGGUUCACUCAUCGCGGGUGCGAAAUUCAGAGGAGAUUUCGAGGAGCGUUUAAAGGCAGUGUUGAAGGAGGUUGAAGAUGCCCAAGGCGGCGUUAUUCUCUUCAUCGAUGAGCUUCAUACUCUUCUUGGAUUGGGGAAGGCAGAAGGCAGCAUCGAUGCUAGCAACCUGCUGAAGCCGGCUCUGUCGAGAGGAGAGCUUCAAUGCUGUGGUGCCACGACCUUGAAUGAAUAUCGACUGAUCGAAAAGGAUGUUGCUCUGGCCCGCCGAUUCCAACCCAUCCAAGUCGGCGAACCGUCUGUGGCAGCAACGAUUUCCAUCCUGCGAGGUAUCAAGAACAAGUAUGAAGUCCAUCAUGGAGUGAGAAUCACCGACGCAGCGCUCGUAGCUGCAGCGACGUACAGUAACCGUUAUAUCACCGAUCGUUUCUUGCCAGAUAAAGCUAUCGACCUAGUCGACGAGGCUGCUUCAGCCCUCCGUUUGCAACAGGAAUCGAAACCAGAUGCGAUCCAGGAACUGGACCGUGAGAUCACAACUAUUCAGAUCGAGCUGGAGUCACUUCGCAAAGAAACAGAUGUUACCAGUAGGGAGCGCAGAGAAAAGUUACAGGAGGCAUUGAAGCAGAAGCAAGAAGAGGUCGGGAAAUUGAUGGAGGUCUGGAACAAGGAGAAAGCGGAGAUUGAAGAAAUCAAACGGACGAAGGAGGAGCUCGAGCGAGCUAGAUUCGAACUAGAGCAAGCCCAGAGAGAAGGCAACUUUGCCAAGGCAGGAGAGCUGCGGUACUCUACAAUUCCAAGCCUGGAAAAGAAGCUGCCGCAAGAGGGCUCUGAAGUUCAGACCACCACUGAUGGAAGCCAAACACUCAUCCAUGAUUCGGUCACCCCUGACGAUAUCGCCGCCGUCGUGUCUCGGACCACCGGCAUCCCCGUCAAUAAGCUGAUGGCUGGUGAGGUUGAGAAAUUGAUCCACAUGGAGGAUACAUUGAGACAGUCUAUUCGCGGCCAAGACGAGGCUCUUUCUGCUGUCGCUAACGCCGUGCGCAUGCAGAGGGCUGGUCUCAGCGGCGAGAACAAGCCUCUCGCGUCGUUCAUGUUCCUUGGCCCGACUGGAGUUGGAAAGACAGAGCUUUGCAAGAAGAUGGCUGGUUUCCUCUUUUCAACAGAAUCAGCAGUGCUGAGAUUCGAUAUGAGCGAGUUCCAGGAGAAGCAUACCGUUAGUCGUCUGAUCGGGUCGCCAGCAGGUUAUGUAGGCUACGACGAUGCCGGUCAGCUUACGGAAGCGGUGCGACGCAAACCCUAUGCUGUGCUCCUUUUCGAUGAAUUCGAGAAGGCUCAUCGUGACAUUUCUGCGCUCCUCCUGCAGGUCCUCGACGAAGGAUUCCUCACAGAUGCUCAGGGACAUAAGGUGGAUUUCCGAAACACCAUUAUUGUCUUGACCUCUAACCUGGGGGCCGAUAUCCUCGUUGGUGCCGAUCCGUUGCACUCUUACAAGGACUCGGACUCCGGCGAGGUCUCACCUGAGAUCAAGAAGGCCGUGAUGGAUGUAGUGCAGGCAUCCUAUCCUCCAGAGUUCCUCAAUCGUAUCGAUGAGUUUAUCGUCUUCAAGAGACUUUCUAAGGAUGCACUGAGGGACAUCGUCGAUAUCAGACUAAAGGAGCUUCAGUCUCGGCUUGACGACCGACGGAUGACGCUGAAGGUUGACGACGAGAUCAAGGAUUGGCUUUGCGAGAAAGGGUACGAUCCCAAAUAUGGUGCUCGUCCGCUUAACCGCCUUAUUGCAAAGGAGAUUGGAAACAGACUGGCCGACAAGAUCAUCCGGGGAGAGGUGGUCUCUGGGCAGACUGCCCAUGUCACUUUCAACACUGAUAAGUCAGGGCUGGAGGUCACAGCAGAAGCAUAAGAAAUAGCUAUUGGUGAUCAUCUAGGAGUGCAUCAUCUUGUUUCAUUUGAUUAGCAAGCAUUGGCGCAUGUGUCUAGGUCAUGGGCAUUUCUGGUGGCAUUAUAUCGUUGGGAAUACGGCAUUGUGUAAUGUAGACUUAAUGAUCUGAUGAAACAAUGUAUUAUAUAGCAUCUUCUCUCAAUAUGACUCCUUUAAUAUAUGAUCGAAGCAUCCA